ACAGAACAGGGCUAGCCGCGCCGGCCAAGGCCGGCCCGCGCGUGGAAACACCUCGCGACAAAAUAACGCUCUGCAAUCGGAUUCCUUCACUCUGGUUGUUCGACGCCGCAAGCCCGGCUUUCCGACCCGCAUUUCGACACCCGCUAAGCCGAUGAGAGGCGUGGGAAGCUCGCGAGUGAGUGAGUGUUCGGGGAGAGACGGCCGCGCUUCGACUGCUCCGGAGACACAACAGUCGCAGUACGCCGCUCGAACCGUCGCAGGUGAACGCGACGGCAGCGGCUUCGUCGUCCGGGCUCACCGCGUCCAGCCAUGGCGGCUGGCCACGCGGUCAUGCUCAGGAGCGGGGUGGACUCGGCCCGCAGCUGGCUGGUGGCGGUCAGCUGCUGCUGGAUCAACUUUUUCUCGGCCCUCAUGUACAAGUCGAGUGGCGUCGUCUACAUGGGCGUGCUGCAGACUCUCGGCGUGUCCAGGGAAGAGGCAUCGUGGCCCCUCACCCUCCUCGCGGUCUUCAUCUUCACCACCGCCCCAGUUGCCGGUGUUCUAGCCCUGUACAUCGACAUCUGGAAAAUCUCGCUGUGCGGAUGCCUCCUCUCUUCCAUCUCGGUGUGCCUAUGUUUCUGGGCCAACAGCGUGAUCCAUCUCAUUGUCUGCCUGGGUGUCGUGCAAGGUUUCGCUCUCGGUCUGCUCACGCUUCAUAACGUGAUCAUCAAUCAGCACUUCGAGAAGCACCGCGCCACGGCCUCCGGGAUCAGCUACGCGGGUCCCACGCUCGCCUCCAUCGUUUAUCCGCCGCUCGUCCAAGUGCUGUUCGAGUGGUACGGACUGCGCGGUUCGCUGCUGCUGUUCGGCGGCAUCAUGCUGCACGCCGUGGCCGGUGCUUUCUUGCAAAUGGAACCGAACCCGCGGAAGGCAGGGGUUGCUUCGUCGCCCUACAAGGUCGUUCCGCGAGACCCAGUGCCCGAAGACACCGAAUGUUCGAAGAACCAGCUCGGAAACAAAGACGUAGCGAAGGAAGAGGUACCUCUGGCAUCCACUCCUCACGACUGUGGUGCGGAUGUUCAACGGGCCGUUCGAGUGCAGCCCGGUGCACCGGACACGGCCGUACGGUUAGAGUCCGGCCUGAGGCUCUUCGCAGCCGUCCCGAACAUCCGGCGCAACGCGUCCGUGCUCCUGGAACCCAUGUUCUACCUGAUCUGCGCCUCGUUCGCCGCGGUACUGUUCACCAUGACCACGUACCUAACCGUCGUGGUGGACUUCGCCGUAGACAACGGCGUGUCGCGGAUCAACUCCGUGCUACUCAUCUCCGCUUACUCGGUGGCAGACCUGGUGGCCCGUCUGGGCUCCGGCUGGAUCUCGGACCGCGGCUUCGUGAGUCGCGGCAACAUGAUGGCCCUGAACUUCUUGGUCGGCGGCCUGUCGCUGUUCGCCAUGCCCGUGUUCACGACGUACGCCGGUCAGGUGACCAUGGCCGUCGUGUACGGCUGGGCCACGGGCUGCACCAUGAUCUUGGUGUCGGUGCUUCUCACGGAGCACAUCGGGCUGGACCGGCUGCCGGUCUCCUUCGGCGUCACGUCGUUCGUCGCAGGGGCGCUGUGCCUCUCCAGACCUCCGCUCAUCGGUCACUACCGAGACGAGUACGGCAACUACGAAGGCCUCUUCCACGUCGUCGGAAGCUUCUCGCUCGCCCUCGCGCUUCUAUGGUUCGUCGCCAGCACAGCGAUCCGCUUCCGGCAACGGCGGAAGUGACGUCAUUGAAACCGCUUUACGGAUUCGAUAACGCUUCGAAGCGCCACGACUCUGCACGACCUUGGUGUCCCGAGGAGACACGUGUUUACCGAAACCCUGAAAGCGCAACACAACGUGCGUACAGGAUAUUGAACCUCGCGUGUGCUGUGUGCUUCGUCGGGGCUGUGCAAAGCUCAGUGCGGUGUCCGAUACCAUGUUGCUUGCGGUGUGUCAUUUCUGUUGCACGCGUAUACGUGAUACACGGCUGUGAUUUAAGGUGGAAGAAGAAGAGACGGGUUUUUUUUUUUUUUACAUAUUUCUACGAUGCGUGCGCGUAUAUAUUUGAAUAGAUGUGAGCGUUUCUGCUAUUGAAGCGGCAGCGCGCUUGAGUGUAUAUCGGGAAAUCGGUGACUUCUCGGUUGCAGGCCGGACUUGGGGCAUUUGUACUGCACAGAGAUCGCCUAUUCUUGCUUGUUCGUGAUUCCUUUUUGUUUGCUCCAUCGUUACGGCAGCGAGUCUCGCAGGUGUAAAAAAGCUGGCGUUGUAUUCAAAGUGCACGAAAUGCUUGAAAGGCAUUUUUUCCCCUGAGAGGGACGUUAAAGUGAUGCAAUGAAUUUAGUUAUAUUAAUAAACUGUACUCUGAAAAAA